CCUGAAAGUUCAGGAAAAUGGAUGAGUAGAAUGAAAGGGAAAAAGUGAACAAAUGUGUGUUUCGUUCGGUUGGUAGGUCACUUUACUUUUGUUGCUUUAUUUUAUGGGAAAGGGCAACAUCUGUGAAAACACAUUCAGGAGAGAGAGUCUUAGAGCGAAACAGUGCAUCUUUCGUCUGGGUUGCUUUUCCCUUGGCUUCAAAGGGAUUAGCUUUAUAACCAAAUGUAACCAAACCCUAUCUCUGUCCUCUGUUGAUGUAUGUUACCAGUCCAAAAAAGCACUGUAGCGGUCUCAUGUUUUAGGAAAAACUUCCCAAAAUGAUUUACAAGCCUCAACUAAUGGCAGUGGAUUAUAUUGAAUUACUAUUGUUUCUGAAACUGAGCAUUUACAGGUGUAUUGCAAUCAUAGUAUACUAUUGAGAUGUUUAAUCCAGACUGCCUCCUCCAUGCUAUCAGGAAUCCUUGAGAUGUUUCAACUCUGAAGUUAACCUGAUUGAAGUUUAAAUGUUAAAUGGUGCUAGUGACUUUAGGCUAGUGACUUCCCAAUGAUUCUGAAUAGCAUUUACCCUGCCUGGUCUGCUCACCUUUUUUUUUUCCAGAUCCAGGCCCUCUAUUUCACAGAAGGUGUUGGUGUUGUCACUACAACCUCACAAUCUUCCUACGCAACGUUUGACGCCGUGGUUGGUCCUUGCUGACGCUGCUGUCAAAUGGCAACUGCCAACGCUCAAGAAGGAAACUCCUCCCUGUUGACAGCACGUUCCGUCCCCUUCUCAGCGCAAUGGUUUCUUGGAUAAUCUCUAGACUUGUGGUGCUUGUAUUUGGCACACUAUAUCCUGCAUACUCCUCAUACAAAGCUGUCAAGUCAAAGGAUGUGAAGGAAUAUGUGAAAUGGAUGAUGUACUGGAUCAUAUUUGCACUAUUCACCACCAUGGAAACCAUCACGGAUAUAUUUAUCUGUUGGGUUCCUUUCUAUUAUGAGCUGAAGAUUGCCUUUGUGGUAUGGUUACUGUCUCCUUACACAAAGGGGUCCAGUGUUCUAUACAGGAAGUUUGUUCACCCGACACUAUCUUCAAAAGAGAAGGAUAUUGAUGACUAUCUCUGCCAAGCAAAGGACAAAAGCUACGAUACUCUGGUGACUUUUGGGAGGAAAGGUUUGAAUGUAGCAGCCACAGCUGCAGUCCUGGCAGCGACAAAGAGCCAAGGAGUACUGUCAGAUAGACUACGAAGUUUCAGCAUGCAUGACUUGUCUGCCUACCAGUCCGACCCAACUGAGGUGGACUCUGGAUCUGUCCCGAGUCAGUCUGCAGCUGGACAACAGAGGGCCAGGAACAUGAUGCGCAGCAAGUCAGAGAGUGGCUACACCAAGGGGCAGGAUUUGGACAUGACUGAGUAUGAGGUGUUGAGAUUCGACCAGUGUGACACCAAGGAGCUGCUGUCCCACGCUAUUACGCCCCCCAAACCCACACUCCCUCCUUCACCCUCCCUGACCCCCCAGCCCUCUCCACCUCCAUCCCUUGCACCCCCAGCACCAGAGCAGACUGAGGACAUGGGGGGGGGGACGUCAACAAGCACCCCACAGCUCAGGCUGAUUAAGAGGAAGGCGCCUGAGCCUCCUCCUAGGGACAUACGACCUCUCACAAGAUCCAGGACUGCCGAGCUGCCUUCAAACAGAGAAGCCAUGUGAUGUUGUGUGAACGCUCCCAAGACCACUUUAGCUGCAAGGAGAAGAGGGUAAAUAAGGAAAUGUGGCUAAAAGCUAAAUGCAUAAAGCAGCCUUGUUUUAGAAUAAGGAAACCAAAGUGACUUGUGACCCUCUAUCUUAAUAUAUAUGACAUCUGGCACAUACUGUACUGUAAAGGAGACAGAUGGUGGGUGCCAUCAAGGUAGCACUCAAGAGUGGGCUCCAUACCUUACAGACAUUUGGAUUGACUUGUCGGUCAUUGAAUAUGUUUUUGUAUGUAUGUAAAGUGUGUGUAUUUAUCAUUAAUAGUUUUUUUUAUAUACUAUGUUUAAAGACAAAUGCAUGUAUGUGUCUCUGGUCAUUAGUGUCAUAAAACAGAAUGUAUUGUUACUUACAUCUUUUUGUGGCUACUUGGUCACUGUUUGAGGUAGCAUCAGUCAUCAGGAGCGUAGCAGGGUGAAAUACUCCGUAAUGAAGGAUAUGGUUGUCCACUCCCUCUCUUGGGUUUGUAGGAAGAGCUUUAACCUGGCAAACACAAUCUGUACUGACAAUUUAACAGGACACAGAAUAUUGAAAUGAAUUGUCCUGUCAGGUUAGUAUAACUCCUCAAAGGUGGUAUUUAUUUUUAUGAGAUAAAAUAGCAGUGGUAGGACUUUAAAAAUGCUGAUUAUUAUUCAUCAAAUGCAUGUAAGGGCUCUAUUCAGUCUGUAUCGCUGAAGCAUUACAGAUUGUGCGAUAGAAAUGUGAAGGGAAUAUCUGAUUGAGCCGAAUAAAGUCUUGACUAACGUGGGAACAUUGUCUUUAAAUUUAAAUCACGCUGUAACGCUGAACUUCCACGAUACAGAUUGAAUAGAGCUCUUUACAUUUGAUUAUAAAGCCUUAAAUCAUUCAAAUAAAACAUUGAGUACCUGGUACUACAGAAACAGUAAUAUCAGUACUUGUAUUUCUUGCAAAGAGCACUAAAACAUCAUGAAAAACAUAACUAUGACUGUCAUUGACUAUUGGCACUAUCCACUAUGUUCAGAGUUACUGCAACUGUUCCAGUACCAUGAAAUGGCAACAAAAAAGAACUUCAGAAAUGUAAAAAAAAUGUUUUCCUUUUUAGUUCACUGAUCACCAUGUUAUUUAUCAUUACCAAAAUGAUUAUUAUAUGGGAUUAGUUAGUAUUCAAAUAAAGAUAUUGCUCUAUGGGGUAGAAAUGUUGGCAAUCGACUUUUCAAUCUCAUUAUAACUUA